CUCAGCCUCCAGAUAAGCAAAAGAGUAUGUUUUUGACUGAAACCAUCGUCGUCGCCUCGUUUGACUAGCCAAAAAAAAAAGAAGGAAAUCAGACGGUGGCGAUGGUUGAAUCAGAGAGAACGAAGCACACGUGUCUCAGACUCGUACUCUCGAGCACCGAUCCGAUAUUCGUCAAAGGCACUUGGCAUCCCUCUCGUUUCGAUAUCUCCAUCACCGAUGGCUCCUCCUCUUGGCUUUGCAACGCGACGGAGGAGGAGGUGGCGGAGCGGGCGGCGCAGUGGGACCAGCCGGUGUCGGAGUAUCUCCAGCUCGCCGAGCAGUACUUAGGGUUUCAGCAGCCUAACUCGAUCUACACCUUCUCCGACGCUCUUGAAGGAUCUAAACGGCUGUCUUGGACGUUUGAGAAGGAAGGGACUAAACUGGAGUGGAGGUGGAAAUGUAAACCAUCACAUGAGAACAAGAAGAUCACUGUUGGGAUCUUGGAUUUUCUUAUGGAGGCUAACAUAAGGCUAAGUGAAGAAGUUGUGAACAAGACAAGGUCCUUUGAGAAGAUGAAAAGUGAAGCUGAGAAAUGCCUAACCCAAGGUGAAAGACUGUGCAGUGAAAAAAUGGAGUUUGAGGAUGCAACUUACGCAAAGGCAUGUCUACUAUCCUGGAUCACCUUUUCUAAUUGCUUCUUCUUUUGGGAUAGACUAGUCUUUUGUGGAAAGGAUGUUGUCGUGUUUUAGCACUGAACUUAAGUCUUUUUUUGUCGAGGUAGUUCAUUUCUGUGUUAAAUGCAAAGAAGGCAAAACUCAGAGCACUAAGGGAUAAAGAAGUUUCAGGGAAAGAAGUUGCAGAAAUCUAGAAAAAUCAUGUUUUAGUGUUUUGCAUCAAAUCCCAAUUAUAGCCAUCAGUCCAUGUGAUGUAUCUUUGAUUGAGUAUAUUUAUAUAUGGUUAUUCGAAAGA